AUCUACAACCAUGCCAAUCCAACGCAGAAAAGUUGUGGAGGGCAACACCCAUGUCCUGAAGUCUCCUGUUGGGAUUGUACGGAUUCUAGCAGCUAUCUUCGCCUGUGUUACAUUCAGUUUGAUUGCCCACAGAGGAGGCUGGUGGGGCAGAGCUGGUGACUUAUGCAUGUUCUCCUGGUGCUUCUGCUUUGUUGUCACUAUCAUUAUCCUUAUUGUUGAGUUUAUAGGGAUACAGAGCCGGAUGCCUGUGUCUUGGAAGAAUUUUCCAAUCACAUUUGCAACAUUUGCUGUCCUAAUGUGCCUGUCGGCUUCUGUCAUGUAUCCAUUAUUCUUCCUUGAAGACCGGAGCCACAGCAGUGAAAGGCACACUUACCAAGUUGUGGCGACUGUGUUCUCUUGCCUCACCACCUUGGCAUACAUCUUUGAAGUGUCUUUAACAAGGGCUCGACCUGGAGAAGUUACUGGCUACAUGGCUACUGUUCCUGGGAUACUGAAAGUCAUUGAAAGCUACAUUGCUUGCAUCAUCUUCAUCUUCAUUUCAGAACCCCCUCUGUAUGAAAAACAUGAUGCAUUGAAAUGGUGCCUGUCUGUGUACUGCAUCUGUUUCAUCCUUUCUGUUGUGGUCAUUAUUCUAUGUGUUGGGGAGUGUACAGGCUGGCUGCCUUUUACUUUUGAGAAGUUCCUCAACGCUUACGCUCUCUUAGCUGUCCUGCUGUAUGCCUCUGCUGUGAUCGUAUGGCCCAUUUUCCAGUUUGAUUCAAAGUAUGGGGGCACAACAAAAAGGCCAACCAACUGCCAUUCUGCUAUGCUAUGUAUCUGGGAUAAAUUGGUAGCCGUUGCUGUUUUGUCAGCUGCCAACCUUAUAGUUUACAUCAUAGAUCUUGUUUAUUCUGCAAGACUUAUCUUUAUCACUGUUUAAAUUUGAAAAGCAUUUUGUCUCU